GCCUGAAGAGCUUCCACGUGCGCGCAAAGAUUGCUGCAUUGAAAAACAAUUUUCGCUUGUCGGUAGUCCCAUACGCCUGAGACUCCCAGCUCUUACCGUCAUAACUGCCAUUAAAAGCGGAUUUUGGAUCUCUCCGUCCUCCUAGUUCGGUAGUUCCAUCUGUUCGGUGACACUUCUCGGUCCUAGAACUAAAACUCGGGGAAGAUGAUUGAAACUAUUAGAGAAAUAAAUGGGCUGUACUAAUAUGAUGGAACUGAUUCUGCAAAUAAAACAACUUCUGAAUUAGCUAUGGCGUCAUCUGACAAUCCAGAAGUUGUUGAGAGAGUGGUUAAGGAGGAGAAGAAGAACAAGGAUGAAGAGAAUAAUGAUGAGAAGGGUGGCUUCCUUGAUAAGGUUAAAGAUUUCAUUCAGGACAUUGGUGAGAAGAUUGAAGGGGCAAUAGGGUUUGGAAAGCCAACAGCAGAUGUGGUUAGGGUUCACAUUCCUUCCAUCAAUUUGCAUAAGAUAGAAAUUGUAGUGGAUGUGCUAAUUUCAAACCCAAAUCCUAUUCCCAUUCCGCUAAUAGACAUUGACUACUUAAUAGAAAGUGAUGGGAGGAAGCUUGUGUCUGGAUUGAUUCCUGAUGCAGGAACUAUCCAUGCGCAUGGCUCAGAGACUGUGAAAAUACCAGUGGUAUUGAUCUAUGACGAUAUCAAAAGUACUUAUGAUGAUAUCAAGCCUGGAAGUAUCAUUCCGUAUCUGAUCAAGGUUGGUCUUAUUGUAGAUGUACCCAUCUUUGGAAGACUUACUCUUCCUCUGGAAAAGAAAGGCGAGAUUCCUGUGCCUUACAAGCCUGAUGUUGAUGUCGAGAAGAUACACUUUGAGAAAUUCUCCUUUGAAGAAACUAUUGCAACUCUACACUUGAAAUUAGAGAACAAGAAUGACUUUGAGCUGGCACUAAAUAAGCUUGACUACGAAAUUUUGCUAUCUGAUGUGAGCAUCGGAAGUGCCGAGCUUACUGACUCCACAAAAGUUGAUAAAAAUGGAAUUAGUAAGAUGAAGAUUCCAAUAAAUUUCAGGCCAAAGGAUUUUGGAUCUGCCCUAUGGGACAUGAUAAGGGGAAGAGGUACAACUUAUUCAAUAAAAGGGAAUAUUGAUGUAGAUACUCCUUUUGGAUCAAUGAAGUUACCCAUUAGUAAGGAGGGUGGAAGGACUCGCCUCAAAAAAGGAGAUGAUGAUGAUGAUGAUGAUGAUGAGGACUAAAGAGAGUUGCUGCACAGCGGGUAAAAACUAUUGCUGCCUUUGGCCCGUCUGCUUAUGAAGGCUUUGAGCUCUUAGCAUGCUGCUUUAGAGGUUAUCCUUGUUUUCCUAAAGAUUUUUAAAAUGCGAUGUCAGUUUGUGCGAUUUGAUGAUGAUAAACUCUAAUGAGGUACGGCUACUUAAUAUGUAUUUAUGAAGAUUGCUUUUUUACUUCUUCUUGUGGACCACUGUUUGUUUCAUCAAUAAGCUGCUUGGGCUGGCUUAAUUGUAGGCGUGAUGUAAUUCUUUCUCCAGAUGCAAUAUCACGAAUAUUUCUUUUGAUAGGUUAGGGCCGGGAUCCUUAGAAAUGUCCCUCUA